AUGGACGGCUUCCUCGGUAAAAUCAUCGAAAAAGUCGCCGAGAAAGCCGGUGGUGGCAGCAGCAGCAGCGGCGGCGGCGGCGGCGGCGGCGGCUACGGCUACAAUCAACAGCCCAGCUACGGUGGACAAGGUCAGGGUUACAAUCAUCAGCCCAGUUACGGUGGACAAGGCCAGAGUUACAACUCCGGUCCUGCCCCUCCCCAGGGCCUCCCUUACCCGUGGGUCGCCCGCUGGGAUGAUCGCGACCAGCGCUGGUUCUACGUGAACGAGCAGACCGGCGAGAGGUCCUGGGAGCGGCCGUACGGCGGCAGUGGCAGUGGUGGUGCUCCGUCUUACGGAGAGCGAUCGUACGGUCAGCCUCAGCCUUCGCAUGGGUAUGGAGGCGGCUAUGCGCAGCCGCAGGGACAGCGAGCGGAACGCAAGGAUCAUACGAUGAUGUACGCUGGGGCGGCGGGGGCGGCCGGUUUGGUGGGCGGUGCGUUACUGAUGCAUGAGGGCGAGAAAAUCCAUGAGCGCUGGGAUGAGGAUAAGGAGAGAAUCGAGGAGAACGUGGAGGAUUUCCCUGAGAAUGCGGCACGGUGGACUGGCGAAAAGGUCGGUGAAGUCGAGCGGAUCCCAGAGAAUAUUGAACAGAGCUGGGAUCGCACCGAGGACCGCAUCGAGAAUAAGUGGGACAAUGCAGUCGACGACGUCGAGGACUUUCCCGAGAAUGCGGCGGGAUGGGUUGGACGAAAAGUCGGCGAGGUGGAACAAUUUGGCGACAAUUUAGACUAUGCCUAUGAUGAGGGACGGGCUGAGGGUCGGGAUGAUUGGUAG